AUGGCGCCACUGACUUUGGCGCAGCGCAAUGUGUACGCCGACGAGAAUGCGGACUUCAACCCGACCGACGAGCAUGCGUAUAUAUCUGCAGACAACACAAGAGUUGUUACAAGGCGCGUCUACGAAUCCGACCCAAGACUGCAGGAUUGGGUCCCCGUCCCGGAUGCCACCAUGGAUGAGGUAGAUGCUCUGGCUACGUCAGUCUCAUCUUUCGACGUUGACCUUGACGAAGUCGUGACAAAACGCAAGCGCUACGAGUCGGAUGAUCCUAUGGAGGUGUGGAAAAGUGUGUCGGGGUUGUUUCUCGACGAAAUCGUACGACACGAUGGUUUGGGUCAGCGAACCCAGUGCGCCGUCUGCCCGACCAAAGUUAACCAGGCCGGCCAGCGCUUUUUUCGAUGCCGACAAUGUGGGGUGCAAAUCUUCUGCGAAAGUUGCGUCAAAAAACAGCACCAAUGGUCACCUUUGCAUACUAUUCAGGAGUGGACUGGGAGCUUCUGGACAGAGGUUUCGCUCUACCACAGUCGAGUGGAGAGCGGGGGGCGCUCAGGCCUCGGCGCUAUGUAUCAACUAGGACAUUCGGGUGCUACAUGUCCCUUCCCUGGUAAUCGGCGGUCAAUGGUUGUCAUCGACGUCAAUGGAAUCUUUGUCGUUGACAUACAGUACUGCGAUUGCCACAAUACCAAUGGCUCUGACAUGCUGCAGCAACUACUCCGGAAUGGAUGGUACCCAGCGACAACCAUCAACCCAGCGACCUGUGCCACCUUUAAUGUGCUUGAACUGUUUCGUCUGCUCCGCACCAUUGGCAACCUCAAUGUCCAUGACUUCAUGCGGACUUUGGAGAGGUCAGGCGACCCCACCUUAACCUGCGACACUCCUGAUCGGUACAAAGCAUUUGGGCGGAUGGCUCGACAGUUUGAUUUCUUGAAGCGGAUGAAGCGAGCGGGUCGCGCGUACGAGGCUGAUGGAAUGGCUACAACGCCACCCGGUGGGUUAGCAGUAUUAUGUUGGGCGUGUCCAGCGGAGGGAAGAAAUCUCCCCGAGGGGUGGCGUAACGUGAAGCCAAGCCAACGCUAUCUUUACCGAUUAAUCCUCUCCAUCGACGCGAACUUUCGCCUCAAGAAUCGCCUUCGACCGAAUGAGCAUCAAGACCUGUCGUUAGGCUCAGGCUUGGGAUAUUUCGUGGAGUCAUCAUCGUACAAGGAUCACCUCCGAAGCUAUGUCAAAGAAAAAGAUGUCAGCUCUUGUGUUGCCUUUGCUGCUCUGCUCCAGAAGGAGACUCGUUUAACGACCGGAUUGCGUGUUUCUGGGGUUGCCGGAUGUGUUUGUGCCCGUCAUGGGCUGGUGCGAGCUCGAGGACUAGGAGAUCUACAAAAGGGAGAACGGUAUGCAAAUGUGGAUUGGAUUGUGGCAUGCACACUCUGGACCGAGCGGUUAAUGGAGUAUGGCUUCGCCUAUGACAUCGUUUGCCAAUGGAUGAUAAAUUUCUUCAAACGGCUGGCCAAAAUUCGCGAGGGGUCGGCGGAUACAACCACGCUUACUACCGAUUUCGACGACCUGGAGGUGGUUUUUGGCGUGCCUGUCUGGCAUGCAGGUGCGCACGAUCUUCAAUGUAGAGCACAUCUUGCUCUGGCUUACCUCUUGGGCAUGGGAAAGACCGAUGGAGAGGCGAUGGAAAGGAUAUGGGCUAGUUUGAACCCCACCAGCUGGGCUACGAAGGAAAUGGGCGAAGGAGGUCGACACGAUGUAUUGGAGGACAAGGUGGAUCAUCUUAAUUUCGAGAAAAAUCUGGGACUAGGAAGGGCGUUGUCUCGCAAACUCAUCGUCGCCAUCUCGAACGCCUGGCGUCAAGGCAACGAAUUUGCGGAAUUCGACCAAAGCAUCAACAAAGUCAAGCGAAAACAAUGGCGAACUCUCAUGGACAACUGGUAUAAAGACCCGACCCAACCAAAUCCGUUUGUUCUGCAGGGUGGAAACGCUGCUGGCCCUACCGAGCGGGAAAUUGUGCAAGACUUGAAGAAGGAAGAGCUUGAGGAGGUCAGGGCUGGCCGAAUUCCUGUCUUAGAAGGCAAGAUGACGGUUGUGGCUUUCAUCAAAGCGGGCCUUCAAUUGCAAAACUUGCAGAGGCGAAUCCGUGCGGCUCUGAAAAACAAGUCCUUGACAGCUGACCGUGCAAGUCAGAUUCAAGAGCUGCGACUAUCUCUCGUCAAACAAACACAGGCUUUCCAAAAGCUGCAAUUAACUUACAUGCCUGGGGUCGAGGGCUUGCGUCAAGCGGACGAUACAAAACGCAACCCAGAUCAACCGACUCCACCACCAGAAGACACGAAGCUUUACCUGCCGUCAGACCUCACACAUACUGAGCGUUUGCAGGCAUGCGUCCAACGCGUUGUUGACACCGAGGUCAACCUUCGCCGUGGUCAAUGUACCGAUGCUUUGGUUGCCCUGCGGGCAAAAACUCUUCGCCCAGACGCAUAUGAUCUGGUUUCGCGAUCGCAAUCUUGCAUCACCAGAAUCGUGGCUAAAUAUCGUUCUGCGCAAGAAGCGAUCGUGAAGCUAAAAGGGCCCGCCUUUGCCCCGGAGUUUCAGAAGCUGGAAGAUGCAGAUGUGAACUGCCGAGUUGUGGAAGAGAACGACAUUGAAGCAGCCCAACGGCUUAGAGGUGCCGAUGGUUCCAGAGGUGCUCGAAGCGAACCUAGUACCAAGCGCCUUCGCGGAAAAGUGUCUUGGAUUUGGCAGGCCGAAAUCGGAAGCGAAGCCAAAGAAAUGCAUGAUGCUGUUCGUGUGGAGUGGUCAAAAGCCAGGGCUCGUCGCGUGCGUUGGAACAAAGAAGUCGAACUCAUCCGUGAAGAAAUGAAACAUGUUUUGCGUUCAUUGCGGUUUGCGCAGAACGAGUGGGCAGCACGUGCCACCUCUGCGAGACUCUUUGUCGACCCAGAGGUGGCGAAUGGUCUGCGCGCGUAUGCUCUUCGCCAGGUGGAGCUACACAAACGAAUAGCUGAAGGGUUCUACACCGAGUGGCGGAAAUCAGUUUCGGAUGCGGUGAAAGAGGUUAUGGCUCAAGAUGGGGCUCUGUAUCGACAUUUGCUGGAUGGAGACUCAGAGGUUGGUGGAAUGGCUGAGCUAGAAAGCAACAAUUUGUAG